AUGAAGGCGAACCGGCCGACGCCAAGUGAUCCCGACUUCUCCGACCAAGUGAUGGUCUACAAGGAUAUCGGGGAAGAGAUGCUGCAGCAUUCUUUUGAUGGCUACAAUAUAUGCAUAUUCGCAUACGGCCAGACGGGGGCGGGGAAGUCGUACACAAUGAUGGGCCGUGGUGAGGACGGACAAGAGGGCAUUAUCCCUCAGAUAUGCAAAGAUCUCUUCCGGCGAAUAAGGCAGACUACUUCAGAGGACCUCACUUAUUCGGUGGAGGUCUCAUACAUGGAGAUAUACUGUGAGCGGGUACGCGAUCUAUUGAACCCGAAAAACAAAGGGAACCUUCGGGUUCGUGAGCACCCAGCACUGGGGCCCUAUGUAGAAGAUCUCAGCAAAUUAGCUGUCAUGUCCUAUCAAGACAUUUACGACCUCAUAGAUGAAGGAAAUAAGGCCAGAACUGUGGCCGCUACUAACAUGAACGAGACGUCGUCCCGAUCCCAUGCAGUAUUCACAAUAUUCUUCACGCAACAGCGAUACGACAAAACCACUAAUUUGGUUUCUGAAAAGGUGUCGAAAAUAUCUCUAGUGGAUUUAGCUGGUUCGGAACGAGCUGAUUCUACAGGAGCGAAAGGAACUAGGCUCAAAGAAGGCGCGAAUAUUAACAAGUCCCUUACUACGCUGGGAAAAGUUAUAUCAGCUCUUGCCGAAAUUGCAUCUAAGAGCAAAAAAUCAAAGAAAGCCGACUUCAUACCGUACCGUGAUUCGGUCCUGACUUGGUUGCUUCGUGAAAAUCUUGGUGGAAACUCCAAGACGGCCAUGAUAGCCGCCAUUUCGCCAGCUGACAUCAACUAUGAUGAAACAUUAAGUACACUCAGAUAUGCCGAUCGCGCCAAGCAAAUUGUCUGCAAAGCCGUGGUCAACGAAGACGCGAACGCGAAACUUAUUCGAGAGCUCAAAGAAGAGAUAUUCAAGCUCCGGGAACUGCUCAAGGCUGAAGGCAUCGACGUUGAGGAAGGACCUGACGGUAGAGUCGUUUAUGAAAAGAAAGAGACCAGAGAACCUUCACCGAUGCGCAAAAAGAAUGAAGAAGAAGUGCUAUCGCCGAAGCUUUCCCGUGCAGCAACAACGAUUGCAGAAGAGGCGGUUGAUCAGCUGCAGGCUUCUGAGAAACUUAUUGCUGAACUAAAUGAAACAUGGGAAGAGAAACUCAAACGUACUGAGCAAAUCCGGGUUCAACGCGAAGCUGUGUUUGCUGAAAUGGGUCUUGCUGUCAAGGAAGGCAUUACUGUUGGUGUUUAUUCGCCCAAGAAGACACCACAUUUGGUGAAUUUGAAUGAGGACCCGAAUCUGUCCGAGUGUCUCAUUUACUAUAUCAAAGACGGUUUAACCCGCGUGGGAACAGCCGAAGCGAACGUACCACAGGAUAUACAAUUAUCCGGAUCUCACAUUGUCAGUGAACAUUGUAUUUUCGAGAACACGGAUGGCGUUAUCUGUCUUAUACCACAUCGUGGAGCUCUUGUCUAUGUGAAUGGAAGAGAGGUGACCGAACCCAUAAUUCUAAAGACUGGAUCCCGAGUGAUUCUGGGUAAGAACCACGUAUUCCGUUUCACUGAUCCGAGUCAACCCCGGGAGGAACCGGUUAACAACAAAAAACUUGCUGAUACACCCGGAGUUGUUGAGAAAGACAGUGACACCACCGAAAAUCAAAAUGUGGAUUGGGACUUCGCCCAGUGUGAGCUGCUUGAAAAGCAAGGCAUUGAUUUGAAGCAAGAGAUGCAGAAGAGGUUAUGUGCGUUGGAAGAACAAUUCCGUAAGGAGAAAGAACAUGCUGACCAACAGUUUGAGGAGCAGAGAAAGAACUACGAAGCCCGUAUAGAUGCUCUUCAGCGUCAAGUGGAAGAGCAGAGCGUCACCAUGUCAAUGUACAGCUCGUACACCCCCGAAGAUUUCCACAAUGAUGAAGAUAUAUUUGUGAACCCAUUAUUCGAGACAGAGUGCUGGUCGGCUCGCGAGGUGGGUCUGGCCGCGUGGGCUUUCCGCAAGUGGAAGUACCACCAGUUUACUUCGCUACGAGACGAUCUCUGGGGCAACGCUAUCUUCCUCAAGGAAGCGAACGCGAUAUCGGUAGAACUACGCAAGAAAGUUCAAUUCCAAUUUACGCUCCUCACCGAUACACCAUUUUCACCCUUACCGGCGGAGUUGGCACCGCGUGAUGAUGCAGAUGACGAAUAUCGCCCAAGUGCUCCAACUGUGGUGGCCGUCGAAGUCACUGAUACCAAAAAUGGGGCAACACACUAUUGGACAUUGGAGAAACUGCGACGUCGUCUGGAGCUAAUGCGUCAAAUAUACAACAUGAACGAGUCGGCAUGUUCUGAAGAUGACGAGCCGACACCGACGAUUCGUCCACCGUCGCCCCCCAUACAAGCGAAACAAGACGAUCUAUUGCAGUGCAUUUCCGCGUGUGCGCAACAGACCAGACUGUCACUAGCCAACCUGUUACCUUCGAGACAACGCUUGGAGCUGAUGCGUGAGAUGUACCACAACGAGGCGGAGCUCUCUCCGACAUCGCCAGAUCACAAUAUCGAAUCUGUGACCGGUGGAGAUCCAUUCUACGAUAGAUUCCCCUGGUUCCGUCUUGUUGGACGGAGCUUUGUAUACCUCUCGAACCUCCUGUACCCGGUUCCGCUCAUUCACAAGGUCGCGAUCGUGAACGAGAAGGGAGACGUGAAGGGCUACCUCAGGGUAGCCGUGCAGGCGGUAGUCGACGCCGAAAAAAAUAACGCUGAUUUCGUAGCAGGUGUCAAACAGUCCGCUAAGAUCUCAUUCGAUGACGACAUCGUGCCCACUCGGUCACGAUUGAAGACUUUGUCAACCAUAGACAAGAAUAACGCGAUUAAUUUAGAAGAUAGACCUGAUCAGGACUCCAACAUUAAGAUUGAAGAACUAGCAGCUGCCGAGUGUGAUGCAGACAGUGGACGCGGAGACAGUUCUCUCGCGUCUGAGCUGAAGGAUGACGAGCUUCCAGAGCACUUGACCCCGGGCAAGGAGUUCACCUUCCGAGUGACCGUACUUCAGGCCCACAGCGUGUCCACAGAUUACGCUGAUGUCUUCUGUCAGUUUAACUUCUUGCAUCGAAAUGAAGACGCCUUUUCAACGGAGCCAGUCAAAAAUGCCGGCAAGAAUACGCCACUUGGUUUCUACCACGUACAAAACAUUACCGUUCCAGUAACGAAAUCGUUCGUUGAAUAUAUUAAAACCCAACCGAUUGUCUUCGAAGUUUUUGGGCAUUAUCAACAACAUCCUUUACAUAAGGAUGCCAAACAGGAUGGCCCAGUGGCGAGUCGUACGCCCCCUCGUCGAAUGUUGCCACCCUCCAUCCCGAUAUCUGCCCCCGUGAGGAGCCCCAAAUGGGGGGCAGCCAGUGUGGCGCCCCCAUGCUGCUCCUCGCACCUGCACUCCAAGCACGACUUGUUGGUCUGGUUCGAGAUCUGCGAACUGGCGCCCAGUGGGGAAUACGUGCCUGCUGUAUUCGAACAUAGCGACGAUCUUCCAUGCCGUGGGCUGUUCCUCCUCCAUCAGGGUAUCCAACGUCGUAUCCGCAUCACAAUUCUCCAUGAGCCAUCGUCAGACCUUCAGUGGACUGAUGUCAGGGAGCUUGUUGUUGGUCGCAUACGCAAUAGUCCUGAGGCGAACGAGGACACGACAGAUGGGGAUGAAGAUGGAGCCCUUUCCCUAGGUCUAUUCCCAGGGGAACGACCCAACUUAGACGAUCGAGCCGUAUUUAGGUUUGAAGCGGCAUGGGACAGUAGUCUUCACGGGUCUCCGUUGCUCAACCGAGUUAGCGCCAAUGGAGAAGUUGUCUAUAUAACACUGAGCGCUUAUCUAGAGAUCGAAAACUGCGGUCGCCCAGCGAUAGUGACAAAAGACCUCUCGGUGGUUGUCGUGGGUCGUGAAGCUCGCACGGGUCGUUCGUUGCGACGCGCGUUGUUCGGAUCCAAGAUGGCGCGGGCUGACAGACUUACGGGCGUCUACGAACUUAGCCUGCAUCGCGCUCUUGAACCAGGCGUACAACGCAGACAGAGACGCGUACUGGACACGAGCGGCACCUACGUGCGCGGAGAAGAAAACCUUCACGGGUGGCGACCUCGUGGAGACUCCCUCAUAUUCGACCAUCAGUGGGAGUUGGAGAAAAUGACUCGGCUGGAACAGGUGGGACGUACAAGACACUUGCUGGCUCUGCGUGAACGUCUGAGGCAUGGGCAUGAGAACACAGUUGCUCCAAACGACUUUACUAAGACAGAAAAGGAGGUAUGCAACAUGGCGGCAAAGGCAGCAUCUGAGUGCGCACACACACGUGACGAGUCACUCUAUGAGCCAUGGGAAAUGUCACCAAAGGAGAAGGAACUAACCUCUAAAUACAUCAAAUUGAUACAAGGACGAAUAGGCACAAACACGAACAAAGAAGUGGAAACAGCAGUAUCUCCUGCGACUCCGGUCGACGAAGGCGUGUCUGCGGAUAUUUCCACCCCAAGUCUUCUUUCUUCUAUUCACAGUGCUAGCAGUUUUGAGCUCUGCUCUCCCGAGCGCGCUCUUCUCGAGAAAUCCAUAUCGGGCUGGGGCUGCGGCGUAGGUGCGCCCAUGGGCCCCAUGUCCGUCUCGGGAGUUGGAGGCGCCCUCUACGUGCCCGAGUGCGAGGAAGUGCGCGUGUCGGCCGCAGUGGCACGACGCGGGUAUCUUAACGUGCUGCAACACGGCACGCACGGCUGGAAGAAACGGUGGCUGGUGGUUAGACGGCCGUACGUAUUCAUGUACCGUGACGAACGCGAUCCCAUUGAACGUGCGCUCAUCAACCUUGCGAACGCGCACGUUGAGUACUCAGAAGACCAGGAACAAAUGGUCCGCAUGCCUAAUACAUUCAGUGUGGUGAGCAAGGAGCGUGGCUACCUGCUCCAGACCUUGGGUGAUAAAGAGGUCCACGACUGGCUGUACGCCAUCAACCCAUUACUGGCUGGACAAAUCAGGUGUGCGCGCACAGGUCGCGUUCGGCCCGGCGCACUACUGGGGAAAAGGGGUCACCUAACAAAGCCUCACCCGAGAAAGGACAGCUUGCAGCAUGAGACCUCACAAUGGAGUCUUUACUCGUUUAUUAAAGGCGUUGCCGACGGAAGAAUAGCGCACAGACCGCUCAGAGCCGUGCGCUCCGCCAGAUAUUGA